AUGGGUUCUCUUUGGCCAUUUUCUACUUGGGGAAUGGAUGUUAUUGGGCCCAUAGAGCCUCCUGCGUCCAAUAGAUAUCGUUUUAUCUUGGUCUCUAUUGAUUACUUCACAAAGUGGGUUGAGGCCUCAACACAUAAGGCCGUAACAAAGAAGGUGGUAGAAGAUUUUGUUUGCAACAACUUAGUCUGUCGGUUUGGAAUUCUAGAGUCGAUCAUAACAGAUAAUGGGACCAAUCUUAAUAGCGACCUAAUGAGAGAGAUUUGUGAAAGGUUUAAGAUCUCUCACCAAAAUUCCACGGCAUAUCAACCACAAAUGAAUGGAGUAGUUGAAGUUGCAAACAAGAAUAUCAAGAGGAUUUUGAGAAAAAUAGUGGAUGGUAAUAGGGAAUGGCAUGAGAAAUUGUCAUAUGCUUUACUUGGAUAUCGCACCACAAUCAGAACUUCUACUGGGGCAACUCCUUACAUGUUGGUCUAUGGGUCGGAAGCGGAGGUUGGUCUAGACGACGCUGAAUGGGUUCGUAGCAGGAUUGAACAGUUGAUGCUUAUUGACGAAAAGAGAUUGGAUGCAGUCUAUCAUGGUCAACUCUAUCAAAAUAGAAUGAUCAAGGCGUUUAACAAGAAAGUCAAGCCUCAUCGAUUCACACCUGGACAGUUGGUAUUGAAGAAGAUAUUCCCUCACCAAGGUAAAGCCAAAGGGAAAUUUGCGCCAAAUUGGCAAGGUCCUUACGUAAUUCAUCAAGUGCUAUCAAGAGGAGCAGUGAUACUUGCAGAAAUGGAUGGCACAGUAAGCACAAAGCUGAUCAACUCAGACACCGUCAGAAGUACUACAUUUGAAGACAUUAGGACUAGUCGUUUCUUUGUCUUUUUGAAUUUUCUCUAA